UCCCGUCAAUAUAGGUCAACUCCAUAUCCAUUACCAUCUUGCCAUGGAGAGGUUAUGGAGAAGGAAAUCAAACAGAAAAAGUCCAAUGCCUUGGAGAAGAAUGAUUGGGAGGAUGCAACUUGUUCAGUGUGCAUGGAGUAUCCUCACAAUGUUGUCCUCCUCCUCUAUUCCUCACAUGACAAGGGAUGUUGUCCCUACAUGUGUGGUACCAGUUAUCGCUAUUCCAACUGCCUUGACCAGUUCAAGAAAGCUUACACCAAAGUGAACUCAGGCUCUGGUUGGCCCAACGAGAAGUGUGAAGUAGUGGAACUCACAUGCCCCCUCUGUCGGGGCCAGGUGAAGGGGUGGACAGUGGUCGAAGCUGCACGCGAUUGUCUUAAUAACAAGGAGAGAAGUUGUAUGCAGGAUGACUGCUCAUUUAUUGGAACAUACAAAGAGCUCAAGAAACAUGUCAGGGCAAAACACCCAUCAGCACGACCUCGAGAAUUGGACCCCAUACUUGAACAAAAAUGGAUAAGGCUUGAACGUGGGAGAGAGCGUGAUGAUGUGAUCAGCACUGUAAGGUCAUCGAUGCCAGGAGCAAUGGUCCUGGGGGAUUACGUGAUAGAAGGCAACCACUAUGGCUUUGAUACAGAUGAUAGAAGGCAACCCUUGAUUACCCCUCUAUAA